AAAGUAGUGGUUUAUUCUGUGGGAGCUGUUACACAACAAUCGAGGUUAUGCGUUAAGUCGAGAUCAAAAUACACAUCAAAUUGUCAGUGGCCCUAAAAUGCCCCCUAAACCGAACGUGAAAGUCCACGACGUGAACCCGUUCCUGCAGCACUUCCGUCAAUUCCUGCUGGGACGCAAACACACGCUGGCGCUGCGCUAUAAGGACUUUCUUGCCACAAGAUCGCCCCCUCAGCCAGUCCUGCCUGACGGCCCCAAUCACAAGCUGAGCGACAAUUUCUACUGCAGCCAUGACGGUCGCAGGGAAGCGCAGCCACCCGAAAUAAUCGCGGCCAGCCGCAGUCGAAUUGAGGACGGCGCCCCCGAAGUUCGGCGCAUCACCCCAGGAAAAAUCCAUCAAUGGGACUAGAUUUGCUAUGAUUAGUCGUAAAUUUUAGAUUGUCUCCAGUAGGGCCAAUAGAGCUUUAAACAUG